GACUUUGACUCGGAGGCAACUGAGUACUGCCUGCAAGUAGCACUCACGAAGGAGAGACCUGACAUCCUGUAGUACCAGCUAUUUCGACACUGGAUUCAAGAGCAUAUAUAUGUUUAAGCAAUUAUAGUAUCGCAAAUAUGUUCUCAGCUGAAUGACAUCUCAUCCCUACUCAUUCUGACACGGGCCACUGGUUCACAUGUAUCUCAGAAUAGAGAUCCGAAGGGUAGCACCUGAUUCUGCAUGUGACCACCGGGCACCUACUGAUACCAUCCCACUCCCGCCAAAGCUCAAGCUUAUGGUCCCCUGAAAAACAUUGGCCAUGACGAACACCGAAGACCUUAACCUCCGCGAAAUCGACGCCUGCUUAUUCGACGUAUUCGGUACCGUGCUCGACUGGCACAGCACAGUCACUCGUCAAGUGUCCAUCCUCAGCAAAGGGCUACUUCUCAAAGGCUCGCAGGACGCAAUCGAUUUCGCAGAAGAAUGGCGAGCCGGAUAUUUUGCUCACAUAAAAGUAGUAGCGCAGGGCGGGGAAGGUAUUCUCAACAUGGACCUUAUGCAUCGGGAGAUACUGGAUAAUAUGCUCACUACGCCACGCUGGUCUCGUCUUGGAGAGAUAUGGGGAGAAUCGGACCGUGAAGAGCUCACCAUGAUCUGGCACAACUUGAACGUGUACCAGGAUACAAUCCCUGGUCUAACAGAGCUCAAAAACCAUGUCUACAUCCUCGCUUUAUCUAACGGAAACCUCAGGCUACUUCUCGACUCGGCAAAGAACCAAGAUCUUCCCUGGGAUGGUAUCUUCUCGGCCGAAAUGUUCGGGUCGUAUAAGCCCGACAAGAAGGUCUAUCAAUCCGCGGCAUACCACCUUUCUUUGCCUCCUCACAAGAUAGCCAUGGUCACUGCGCACAAAUGGGACCUCAUCGGUGCCGCUAGCUUCGGUUUCAAGACGAUUUACGUGCCACGACCUACUGAAGAUCCGCGCGAUGUAAGGGAGAAUAUGCGCAACAAGAAGGAUGGCGGUGAGGCGGACCUUGUCGUUCAGGACUUUCAAGAGCUGGCGAGGCUGAUACGCGAAGCUCGACAAAGUUGAUGAAAGGUGGUGAGGCCUUCAAUUGAUACAUACUUUUCAGGUUGUUGAGAAACUAUUACAUCUUGCGGAAUAACUUCCAUAAGAGCCGAUCCAGAGGUGCUUACCCAUGACCCUCCAAGUGAAAUCACCGGUUGUAUGUGCAGCCAGAUUAGACUGUCGCUGUCGCUUCCAUUUUGAUUCCUAGCCGCUGACUUGUCGGCGAAUCGUUGCACUUCUUGUAUCUUGUUGUCAGACACAUACAUCUUGGCUAUCGCACUUGCGCACAAAAGUUCGAAUACCUUGGCCUGUG